CUCUGCGCGCUGAUCAACGUGAACGGCCUCAUGGCUUACACUCUCUUUGACUCGGGGAGCACUACAGAUUCUGUAUCACCAGAAUUUGCACACAUAUCCCGAGCCAAAACAGUGAAGCUAUCCGAGCAGGUUGUCUUGCAACUGGGAUGCUCCGGCAGUCGGUCCAAAAUCAACUAUGGGACAUGGGUGCCCGUGCAAUUCGGACCGGUGGCAGAGAAAAUGUAUUUCGACAUCGUCAACCUUGACCGGUACGAUUGCGUAAUCGGCACCCCGUUCAUGAACCAACACGGCAUCAAACUGGACUUUGAACAACGAGCAAUCGUCGUCAAAGGCCAGAUUUGCCCUGCGUUCACAAACGAGGAAGACUCUGCA